AUGCAACGCUUCGGGCAAAGAUCUGCAAAACGUUCAGUUUGCAACUCGCUCUGUUCUCGAAAACACGGGUACGCGGGUAAACUAAGAGCUUAUGAAGCAAUGUCUUGGACGAAAGUAGUUGCAAUAACAGGAUGUGACAGUGGCCUCGGAUGGGCCAUAGCGGCUCGUGCAGCGAGAGAAGGACUUGUCACAAUAGCAGGCAUGUACAAUGGUUGUGAUACUGAAGCCGCUCAAGAACUCAAAAAAUUUUGUGUCCAUCCGUGUAAAUUAGACGUUACAGACUCACAAAGUGUUACUGAGUUUCGUGAUUAUGUAAAUAACGUAAUAUUGGACAAUCCACAUUACAAACUUUACGCCGUGGUCAACAACGCUGGAGUAAUGACUAUCGGCAACUACGAAUGGCAUACGCCACAAAUAAUUGAAAACACAAUUAACGUCAACCUACUUGGAGCUAUGAGGGUUGUUUCAUCAUUUUUACCGGAAAUAAGAAGAAGUGCAGCUUUUAGUGACUUCAAGCCCCGUAUCAUAAACGUUGCAAGUCACUGCGGAUUGCAGCCUAUGCCAGGAUUUGGACCUUACAGUGCGAGCAAAGCGGGGCUUUUAGCAUGGACACGUGCAGUACAUUUAGAACACUUCCAGGAUGGCCUUAGUGUUGUAUCAUUUAUACCAGGCGGAUUCAUUGGAUCAAGCAAUUUAACUACAAAUCAAGUUGCGAAUGGAGACAAAAUGCUCAGCCAUUUAAGCGAAGAACAGAAGUCCGUUUAUGAAACUAGGAUGAAAACUUUAAAUACAUAUUUGGGGCAAGCUUCAAACAACCCGAGAUUCGAUUCUCUGAACAACGAAGAUAUUAUUGAAACAUUUAUAAAAGCUCUCAGUGAUCAUAAGCCUAAGCAAAUAUAUAAAGUUGAAUCAUGGCGAUAUAAGUUAUAUUACAAUUUAUUAAAACUACCAUUACCGGAUGCAACGUAUCAUUGGUUGAUUAAAAAAUUUCUAAAUUUCCCCGAAUAAAUUUG